CAACACCAAACAAAAGGACACAUCAUUGGGGGCGGGAACAAUCGCUUUCCAAGGAUCUUAUCCAUUUUAUCCCUUUCGAUAUCUGGCCGGGCCGAGAUUUCUUUCUAUUUUUGCACAUUUGUUUCUUUUCUGGAGGGGCAAGAAUUCUGCGCUGGUAGCAUUUGACUCGCUAGAUUCACUUUGAUACUUACCUUUUCAUACCCGAGGUUUACAAGGAGCAUUGCAUUAUCAAAACGCCUGCACAUGGCAUAGUGCAGCAUGGACGCGUAUCAAAUCAACUUUGCCGCCUUGAUUGGGCUCUGCGGCGCACUUUUCCUCGCCCAGCCCAAGGCAAAGGAGGCGGCUUCCGAGACGAAAGGAAGCAAGGCGGGCGAAAACAAGACAAAGAAGAGCGCCGACACAACAGACGCGUCGCAAUGGCCGUUUCUGGUGGUUUUCUGUCUGGUUAUGGGAUCUGACUGGCUACAGGGCCCUUUCCUCUACUCCCUCUACAGGGAAGAGCAUGGCAUCUCAGCCUCGGUCGUGUCAACGCUCUUCACCACGGGCUUCCUCUCGGGUGCCGUCAGUGGCUACUUUGUCGGAACCCUGGCCGACAAGCACGGCCGCAAGGCUGCCUGUCUGCUGUUCUGCGCCGCCUAUGCCGCCUCGUGUCUGCUCACCACCAUCCCAUCCGUCCCGCUGCUCUUCGCCGGUCGCGUCCUGGGCGGCAUCAGCACGAGCAUGCUCUUCAGCGUCUUUGACAGCUGGAUGGUGACUGACUUUCAGAACCGCAAGCUCGCCGACAAGGGAGGCGACCUUUCGCGGACGUUUGGGCUCAUGAGCACGCUCAACAGCGUCACUGCCAUUAUCAGCGGCGUCUUUAGCGAGUGGAUUGUGGCUGUCACUGGGACCCGUAAGGCGCCGUUCGUGACGAGCAUGCUGCUGCUUGGGGUUGCCGCGUAUUUCAUAUCAUCGAAAUGGGCUGAAAACUAUGGAGGGUCUGCCAAACAAGAAAAGAAAAAGGACGACAAGUCCGAGGUCAUUGUUGACCACACCAACAAGCUCUCGCACAUCCUAACCGACCCCAAGAUCAUAGCGCUGGGUCUCGCUUCGACCAUGUUCGAAGGCUCCAUGUACCUGUUCGUCUUCUUCUGGUCGCCCGCCCUCAACGCGGCCAAGACAAACGACGCCGGCCUGCCUUACGGCAUCAUCUUUGCCUCCUUCAUGGCCUCGGGCCUGGCGGCCUCGCUCUUCUUCAACGUAUUUAUGGAGCGGGGCCUGCUGCGGUACAUCACGCUCAUGAUCAUGAUCCUGGGAGCCGCCGACGUCUGCUUCGUGUCGCUCUCGGGCACGCCGAGGUCGGAGCAGUCGACCUUUUGGAUCUUUUGCGCAUUCGAGGCCUGCGUCGGCAUGUACUGGCCGUGCAUGGGCCUGCUCAAGGGCAAGCUCAUCAGCGACGGCGCCAGGGCCCAGGUCUACUCGGUCCUCCGCAUCCCGCUCAACCUGUUCGUCGUCGUCUCGCUCAUGCUGACGGAGGGAGAUGCGGGUUACGCGCAGGUGUUUGGUGCCUGCUCCAAGCUGUUGAUGUUCUCCUGCUUGGGGCUCGGGGCUAUGGUUAUGAAUGAGGAGCACUUGCCUUGAUGGGCCGGACGGCACCAUGCAGGGUGGAUGUUCACUGGUAGUGGAUGUGGCUUGGCCAAGUGACCUCUACCAAAUCCCACAUAACCCGAUCACGUCAGAGUCGCUGUGGCAGGAGAUGUUUGUAGCAAAAUUUGUAAUACAUUAUAGCAUGCUUCAUCUGAAUCGUAUAUAUCAAACCAGCCCAGAAAGUCUUUUUCUUUUCGAAUCGUCAGCAAUCAGACCUUAUCAC